CGCUGUGAGGUGUCGCCGGCGGGCAUGAAGAGGCGCCGGAGGGACUCGGACCGCCACAGCAGGCAGGGCAAGCGGGAGGACGCCGCCGGCGCCAGCAAGCACCGGCCCGGCUCGGCGCGCUCGCACUCUUCCUGCUCAAGCCUGGCGCCGGACGAGCCGGCGCGGGACGAGGACGUGUCGCAGACGCCACUCGGCAAGAGGCGGUGCGCGCGCGCCGCGGCGCCGGCCGCCGACGAGGCGCGCGGCAAGACGCCCACCAGCCAGCCCAGUCAGCAGGAGCACAGGAUCGAGUCGCCCCCCACCGGCGUGCGUGAGGCCGACAGCAGUACAAACCCCGGCGUACAGGCGUACGACAGCAACGUACCGGCCGCCCUGUACACCAGCCAGCCGUUCCCCAUACCGGCGGGAGAUCAGAACCAGUACCUGAAGCAGGCGCGGCGCCUGAAGCGCGCCGCCGACAUGGAGCACGACCUCACGCUCAAAGUGAUCAGGUACACGCAGGCCGUGCUGUACUUCCUGUUGACAGCGCUGUCCAUGGAGAAGGACUCGGAUGAGUCGGAGGCCAUGCUCGCCAUGCUGAACGAUACGCUCAAGCUGAUCAAGGACAUGCUGCGGCUGUCGUCGGCCACGUACCGCAAGCAGGGCAAGCGGCCGAGCCACAUCGACCACAAGCUGCAGACGCUGCUGCUGCGCUGCCAGGGCCUCAUCUACCUGCGCAUGUUCAAGCUGAAGGAGGCCGAGCACAAGAAGGCGCAGCGUCAGAUCACCGACUUCAAGAACCAGAUGCUGGCCGAGAGCCUGACGCCGGACGGCUGCAGCUACGUGAUCCCGCGGGAGCUGUUCCGGCUCAUGGUGCGGUGCAACGACACGCAGGGCCACCUGCGCGACUGGCUCGACUACUGGGAGCAGGCCGACCAGCUGAUGCAGCCGGCGCCGGACACCGGCAAGUUCUUCGCCGACAUCGACCGCACGAUGGGCGACCUGCUGGCGACCAGCACGCUCCUCCAGCUGGUCUACUACGUCCGGGAGACGACGCGUCGCCUCCAGGAGAUGCACAGCCGCGCCGCCGUCUGAGGCGCCGCGCUGUUCUGUUCUGUUACCGGGUGUGCGCGCGCGCGCGCAGUGAGGGCGCGCGCCGGCAGUGCCAUGGCGGACGGCGAACUCGCGUGACGAGCGAGCGGUGGCGCCGCCCAGCGGGCGUCCCGCGGCGUGCGGGCGCGGUGUGCUGUGUUCCGGCGGCUCCAUACGCACCCCGCUGCAACCGGAGGGGGUGCGGGGGCCUCUCGGCGGGUGCACCAGCACGCUCCUGCUCUGGCGCGGAGGGCGGCUCCUAUGGAGUCGUCCCCGUCCGCGCUGACUGGGCCUCUCUCGCGCGCGUCCCCGACGUGGUCUUCCCUCGCGCUGUUUUUGUUUGGGGGUCAAUCAAAAACGUAUCAGGGUAUUCACGCGGCAAUCAAGCGCUGCGGAGCUGGAGUCCGCCGGUGGUCCUCGCCGCCGCCGCCGCGUCUCGCUGGCCGGCGAGGCCAUGACUGUCUUUCUGUGCUCUCUCCCCAAAGGCACGUGCCCAACCCGUCGGCCGUAGCGACGCUAUUUUCGGCUCCCGUUUUGUAUCGAGUGAUGAAGGUAUUUUUCCGUCGCCGCCAACCCAGCGGCGGCCACACAAACUGCAGCUUGUCUCUUCCGCCGCCAGCAGCGGGCGCGCCCGCGCGCAACGUGGUCUUUCCAAGCGGCUCCCUCUGCGAGCGCGGUUCACCGGCCGGACUCGGCCAGCCCUCGUGGCUGCUAGGCAGACGGCGUUUGUAUUUUUGUACCGAUGGUCCCCACGUCACGGCGUCGUUCCCUCCCGUCCCCGUCCUCCGUCGCUGUCAUCAAACAGGUCACACAACACGCCACGCAGUCACCGUGCCCGGGUCUGCCGUCAGCACCGGGCGGCUUCAACUGCUGCCUUUGUGGAAAGGCAGAGCCUCCGCCGUCCUGCCCACCUCGGUGAGGUGAAACCCCCAGGUGGACUCUGGCCCCUGUGGGGCGGUGCUGUUGUCAGGCAGCUCUCACCGCCCCGGCGUUCCCGCCUGGCUCCGCCGCCUGUCCAAGGCGGCCCCCGGCGCCGAGGCUCCCUGCCCUUCCCCAGACAGCAAGUGUCUGCGUCUCAACGAUCCCCGCCGCCCAGUGGCCGCACCGUCACAUCCUGUAACAGGCGGCGUCGGCCCGGCGCUGCCCGCCCGCCCGGCCGACCCCGGCCCGGGCGGUGCGCGGGCGGCCGGCCGGCCGGCGCGCCCCGUCUCCAAGUGCCACGGUCGCCGGCGGUGUCGCGCGCGCCCGCCGCGGCGCCGCCGGGCGCACCCCACUCUGUGCCCUACCCCAGUGCCGGUCCCGGGCGGCCGCCGCCCCCAGCCGCCGCCUUCCGCCCGCCGCGUGCGAUACGCGCCCCAGUCAUGUCAGAGGUUGUUGAGAGGAAUAUAUUACAUAUGGACGGGCGGCCGCGCGUCAGGUAUUUAUUUUGCUUGUUUAUGCUUCCACGAGGCGGCGCCAGCGCGCGUGCCUGGCGCCGCCGCCAGCCCGGAAGGUAUUUUUGUAAAAACUGUACAUAGGCGUAGUGAUGCGCAUUGUGAUGCAAGCUACAAAUGAAUGAAUGUUGGAUCAUUUUCAUCAGCAAUCCGCACCCUAAUAAACGUGUACGACGUGA